AUGGAACCAAAGCCCGGAUACAUCGCAAUGCUCGCCGAGAACGGAAACUUUCGCGACAUGUUCUGGAACGACAAAAAGAAGCAGAAGACAAAAGGCAGCAGCCAGUCGUGGUCUAUGGACAAUAACCCUGCAAGUGCAGUUGACCACGGAGAAACCCAAGAAAAGCGAAGCGAUGGGAUCUCAGAAGAGCCAUUAGAGGCAGAGACGGAGACUCAGGACGACAGGACACAGGACACAGACGUUACCAAAACGCUCGGUUUGGGGACAUGGGCAAAAGCGCCUGAGGUGGACCCAGACGAAAGUUGA